AUGGUGAUGUUGUUUGUUGUUCUUCUAUUUGUUCAUAAAGGUUGGACACAAUUGACUUGUACUCCAGGUAAUCACCUUGUGAAUGGAAUAUGCAAACAGUGUCCCAAAGCAACUUAUUCCCCCAAUGGAACAGAAUGUAUACCAUGCGCGCCCGGUUCUGUGACAGCACAACCAGAAACUGUGUCUUGUAAGGUUUGUGGAAAGGGCACUGCGUCAGAUGCAGCACAAGAACAAUGUGUAGGGUGUGUAGCUGGGACUUAUAGUGAUAAAGAUGGGGCUACUCAAUGUGAAACGUGUCCUCCACGGACAUACUCUGAAUAUGGUGCAAAAGAAUGUAUAGAGUGUGUUGGGUGUGUUUCAUGUAUAGCAAAUAAUUCUGGCAAGUGUGCAAAAUGCAAUCCCGGAUAUGUAUUUAUUGGGGACAGAUGCGGGAUUUGUCCUGCAGGAAAAUAUUAUGGUGACUAUUCGACAUCAUGGACUGUGCUUCUGCUUGUACUCCAUGUGAUAAAAAUUGUA